AUGAGCGCGCUUGUAGCGGAGCUCAGCCCCGGCGCUACAGUCGAUCCGAGCCUGGGCGUGUGCAAGGGCUUCGAGGGCCAGCAGCGCUGCCUGCAACUUCUGGAAGAUCUCAACUGCGCGUCGAGUUGCAACUCAGAUUCGGGCGCGUACAUAAGCGGCACGAGCAUGCGCGUGUGCUCCGCCUUCGCCGCGACCCUCUUCGACGCGUGCACUCCCGUGUGGAUGGACACCCUUCAGCUGUCGCAGCUUUACCCAGACGCCUCCCCUCUCCUCGCGUCCUUCGCCGGCAAUGUGACGAAAAUAAUGGGAUCUCUGGUUACCACGUUCGCGAUAGAUGACUCGUCCGCCUGUUUCAACGGCACGGGCAUCUACCCGCAAUACACGGCGUGCUGCGAUCCCUAUUCCUCCCUCCCCUCCUGCCCUGUCACGUCCCUCGACCCGUCUAAAUACCAAUCCGUAGUUAAUCGCACUAUCGACUCAAAUAGCUCCUACCCCAUCUGCCCCUUCACGGGUAACUACCCCUCCGUUCCUGCGCUUUUUCCGCCUGCCCGCUGCCCGGCCGCGGCGAAUCUGUCCUGCUGCCCGGCGUGCAGCGAUCUGAACGGCGCGCUACAGCUGGCUUCGGCGAACAUGAGCGCGCUUGUCGCGGAGCUCAGCCCCGGCGCUACAGUCGAACCGAGCCUGGGCGUGUGCAAAGGCUUCGAGGGGCAGCAGCGCUGCCUGCAGCUUCUGGAAGAUCUCAACUGCGCGUCGACUUGCAACCCAAGUAGCAUUAAGUUUUCCCCGAUCUAUCCUCUUCCCGUUCUUACCAAUCUUGCAUCAUUCUUCAGCGGGAAAAAAAACCCUUUCUCUAAGCUCUUCCCUCCGCGCGUCUUUCAUUCUGCAAUUUUGAUCACUCCCCUCUCCCACCCACCUCCCCUCCUCCCCUCUCCCACCUCCCCUCCUCCCCUCUCCCACCUCCCCUCCUCCCCUCUCCCACCUCCCCUCCUCCCCUCCUCCCACCUCCCCUCCUCCCCUCUCCCCCCUCCCCUCCUCCCCUCUCCCACCUCCCCUCCUCCCCUCUCCCACCUCCCCUCCUCCCCUCUCCCACCUCCCCUCCUCCCCUCCUCCCACCUCCCCUCCUCCCCUCUCCCACCUCCCCUCCUCCCUCUCCCCACCUCCCCUCCUCCCCUCUCCCACCUCCCCUUUCCCACCUCCCCUCCUCCCCUCUCCCACCUCCCCUCUCCCACCUCCCCUCCUCCCCUCUCUCCUCCUCCUCCUCUCUCCUCUCCUCUCCUCCUCUCUUUCCCCCCUCCAGUGAACAACGUCUCUAUAUCCGCGCUCUUUCCCACCGCCUCCUCCCUUCUCGCAUCAUUCGGAGGCAACAUGACCCAACUCAUGGGAUCCAGCAUCACCAACCUCACCAUCGACGAUUCUCAUCGCUUCCUUCCUCGUCUAUCCCUCUCCCCAUCUUUCCCUCCCCCUUCUCCCCCUUGUCCUGCACAUUUCCUUACCUGUCCCCACCUCUUCCCAUCUUUCCCUCCCCGGUCUCCUUUGGUUUCCACAGUGAACAACGUUUCUAUUUCUGCGCUCUUCCCCAACGCCUCUUCCCUCCUCACAUCAUUCGGAGGCAACAUAACCAAACUCAUGGGAUCAAGCAUCACCAACCUCACAAUCGACGAUUCCAAUCCCUCCGCCUGUUUCAACGGCACCGGCGUGUACCCGACCUACACUGCCUGCUGUGACCCCCUCGCCACCCCUUCCACCUGCCCUGCAACCGCACUGAACCCCUCUAACUACCCUUCCGACCUGCUCAACCGCACCAUUGACUCCCACCCGUACCCGCCUGGCAGCGCCAUGCCGCGCUGCCCUGCUGCGGCGAAUCUCUCGUGCUGCACGGCGUGCCAGGACAUUGAUGGCGCGCUGAAGCUCGUCAGUACGAAGCUGGAAGACGUGGUGAAGCGCAUCGGCCCCGCGAAUUCCGUGGAUCCCAGUCUAAAGCUGUGCGAUCUCUACAGUGACCUCAUGUGCGAGCAAUCGGUGGAGGAUAUGGUUUGCGCACUCACAUGUAACCCAGAUGCGGGUCGGUAUGUGACGGUUUCAGACGGUGCCGUCUCCAUGGCUGUGUGCCCUAGCUAUGCUUCCUUCGCCUAUGAAGUGUGCAAGGGAACUACAAUUGGGAAUAUGACAAUCGAGUCCAGCAUACCGGAUGCUGGCAUGUUCCUGAGCACAGUUGUCAGCAGCGUUAUUGGCGUCGCCAUGGGCAUUAGUAGCUUCAACAUCACUGUGCAAGAGACCUCCUGUUUCAACGGGUCUCCACUCGUCCCCGCCACCCCAGCCUGCUGCGACCCGCUUUCCCUCCCCUCCUCCUGCCCCCUAGCGGCGGCGGCAUUGUUGCUGGCUACAAUCACUGUGUUUCUGUGA